AUGUCCAAGUUUCGUUGUUUGCAUAAUCUGUUAUUUGCCUUUUUUGUCCAAUUAUUACAGGAUACUACAAAAGAUGAAAAUAAUGAGACCGAAGCCAACAGGACGAAUAAAUUGAGAAGAACAAGAAAGAAAGUCACUAAACCGCACGUUUGUUCAACGGAAGUGGGAGAAAUGGAUCUAUCCCAUUCAAACGAGAGGAUGACCAACCAAAUGGAGUGCCACAAAUCAGGGGACACAAGCCACCCAGGCGUGGGACCUGGCUCUGCUACGUCUCAUCCGUCACAUGAAGAUAAGGACUCCCAGGAUCAGACAACAGUGAUAAAACCACCGUCCCCCCAAACUUCAGUCAGUACUUCUAGUGGUGAAUUAAACCCAAAUUCCGAUUGUACCAGGGACAUCAAUCAAAUUUUGACCACACCUCAACUCUCUUCUAGAAUGAAACACAUUAAACAAGCAAUGGCCAAAAAUCAUCUGCAGUUUGUGCGAUUUGAAGCCACAGAUCUCCACGGCGUGUCCAGGUCUAAGAGUAUCCCUGCACAUUUUUUCCAAGAAAAAGUGGUCCACGGUGUGUACAUGCCCCGAGGUUAUCUGGAGUUGAUACCGAAUCCCAGGGACAAUGAAGUGAACCACAUAAGAGCCACAUGCUUUAACAGUGACAUCGUCCUUAUGCCAGAGUUGUCAACCUUCAGAGUUUUGCCGUGGGCUGAGAGAACUGCCAGAGUGAUAUGCGACACCUUCACUGUGACCGGGGAGCCUCUGCUGACCUCCCCCAGGUACAUUGCAAAGAGGCAGCUGAACCGGCUGCAGGACGCUGGCUUUUCCCUGCUCUCCGCCUUCAUCUACGAUUUUUGCAUUUUUGGUGUGCCUGAAAUUAUCAACUCAAAGACCAUAUCUUUUCCGGCAACUACGUUACUAAAUAACCACGACCAGCCCUUCAUGCAGGAACUCGUGGACGGCUUAUAUCACACAGGAGCCAAUGUGGAGAGCUUUUCCUCCUCUACCAGGCCCGGUCAGAUGGAAAUCUGUUUUCUGCCCGAAUUUGGCAUCAGCGCAGCUGAUAACGCGUUUACUCUCAGAACUGGCGUCAAAGAAGUGGCCAGGAAAUACAAUUACAUUGCCAGCUUUUUCAUCGAGACCGGAUUCUGCAAUUCCGGAAUUUUGUCCCAUAGUCUUUGGGACGUGGGUGGGAAGAAAAACAUGUUCUGUAACAGUUCUGGAAUUGAGCAGCUCACGGUCACCGGGAGAAAAUGGUUGGCAGGACUCUUGAAGCACUCCGCAGCGCUCAGCUGCCUGAUGGCACCUGCUGUCAGCUGCCGCAAGCGGUACUCCAAGGAGAGCAAGGACCUGAAGGACAGUGUGCCCACAACGUGGGGAUACAACGACAACAGCUGCGCGUUUAACAUCAAGUGUCACGGGGAGAAAGGCACCCGGGUAGAAAAUAAACUAGGCUCGGCCACGGCCAACCCUUACCUGGUGUUGGCGGCGACGGUGGCCGCAGGCUUAGAUGGUCUUCUCGGCAGCGACGAGGCCUCGGCUGGUCCCGAGGGGAACACAGACCCUUACCAAUCCAAACCUUCUGAGAUCCCUUUGAAACUGGAAGAUGCCCUCGUGGCGCUGGAGGAAGACCAAUGUCUGAGAGAGGCCCUAGGGGAAACUUUUAUUCGCUAUUUUGUUGCCAUGAAGAAAUACGAGCUGGAAAAUGAAGAAACAGAUGCUGAGAGAAAUAAAUUCUUAGAGUAUUUUAUUUAG